GUCUCAAGGACAUCUAGUAGCUAUAGGAAGACGAUUCCCAUGGGGUCAGCUAGGUUUUGUGAAAUGCUCCGUUGAGCCAGAAAGGGGUGGAGGGUCUUGGAAAUCCUGGGAUUCAGCCAGAAUUUGGCCCUCCUGAACUAAGUGUGAGGGAGUUCUGUCUGUGGCUGUAGGGCUGGCUUAUGGGAACAGACGGCAGUUUCUGGUGAAACAACUCUUUUCCCCGCCUUAAUAAUCUCUCAGAAACUUCAGGUCUCAGUCCCUGCCCCUCACGUGGAGGCUGUUACAUAGUAGAUGCCCCAGGGGCUGUGUUAGGGUAACUGAAGCCCUAAGGUCUGGGGAAGGUAAACAACUGGUUUUCUAGUUGCUUUGGUUUCUGUUGGGACCAAUUAUCCAUCUUAAUGGGCCAGGGGUUUGGCCCAGGAGUAUGACCUCCACCAGGAUGCACCCUAGGACAGCUCGGGUCUGUUUGUUGGAGAACUGCUGUGGGUUCUAUUUCCCCGGGUAUCAGAAGAGGAGACUUGCUUCCAUUAUACUUAAAGCUGCAGUUGAGAGGGGUGGCAGGAUGAAUGUGGGCACGGCACACAGUGAGGUGAACCCCAACACUCGGGUGAUGAACAGCCGCGGCAUCUGGCUCUCGUACGUGCUGGCCAUCGGACUCCUGCAUGUCGUGCUGCUGAGCAUCCCCUUUGUGAGCGUCCCUGUCGUCUGGACCCUCACCAACCUUAUCCACAACCUGGGCAUGUACAUCUUCCUGCACACGGUCAAAGGGACACCCUUCGAGACUCCAGACCAGGGCAAAGCAAGGUUGCUGACCCACUGGGAGCAGAUGGACUAUGGAGUCCAGUUCACGGCCUCUCGGAAGUUCUUGACCAUCACACCUAUUGUGCUGUACUUCCUCACCAGCUUCUACACCAAGUAUGACCAAGUCCAUUUCAUACUCAACACUGUGUCCUUGAUGAGUGUGCUCAUCCCCAAGCUGCCUCAGCUCCAUGGAGUCCGGAUUUUUGGAAUCAAUAAGUACUGAGGUUGUAGCCCCUUCCCCAGCCAGGUUGGCAGGGGAAGGGUAGAAGGCCUUUGCUGUGAUGCUGAAGACGGGAGUCUCUGGACACCGCCAGAGACGGGGGUGUGCCCUGGGCCUGGCUUCCCCCUCGCUUCCCCAGUAGCCGACUUGGAGUAGCUUGUAGUGGGGUUAGGGUGGGGCCCUUGGGCUCUAACCCAUUCUGAAGUUUUUGAUCUUUUCCUUUUGCCUUUUGAAUAGAGAUGCCGUGGGGGUGGUCAUGAAAGGGGCUGGGCUUUCCGGCUGACUGUGGACCUGAGACGUUGGGCCAGGAAGCUAGGAAAAAGCCCUGUUGGCUUGUUGACCCUCAGGCAGCCAUAGCACUUUAGCCCCUGAGAAGGGGGCAGAGGGACGGUACAGCUUCUGCAUUGUUUCCCCCAGUCUUUCAGUAUGUGGGGGGACUCACUUUUGUAGGUAUUGGAAACACGUGAGCUGCCCUGCCUCCGUCCUCUAGGUAGAGCAGUCAGGUUUUGGUGACUUCCUUGCUACCCAUCCUGGGUGAGCUGUGGGCGAGGGGGAAGAUUAGGAGAGGACGAUGGGUUGGGGACACCUGGUGUAGAGGUGGGGGCCAGGAUGCUGCAGCCCUGGUCCUGGGGAGAGGGGAGCUCUGAGCAGGGGUAGGGUGGGGUCUUAGAAUGGUCAAGAUAGCAGCAGCCGAUACGGAUCAGUGUAAAAAAGAGGAUCUGGGGAGGAGAAGCCAGACCCAGCCUCCUUUGGGAUGUGGGCUGCAGGGAGAGCUGGUGUGGGGGGUUAAUUUACCCACAGAAUGACGGUGACGGGCAAGGGAGACCUCUGUGGACUUGAAGCUCCUGGCUUGGUAUGAGGGGUGCACAGGCUGGACGAGGCCUGUGAGUCCUCAGCAGCACAGGCCCGGUUCGACACCUCCCUCACAGAGUGUGAGGAGGCUUCCACGGGGCGGCUUCCUGGGCCCUUGAACUUGUGUUCUCAUGUAGACUGCCGGGGCAGGGCCUCUUGUGUGGCACACGUGUGAGGCCAGGAGGCCACCUCCACGUGAGGUCAGUGGGCUCCACAGUGCUCUAGGAUCCCUGCCCAAACAGGGCACUGGUAGGGACAGCUGCAGGCACUGUCCCCUCAGCCCGAAGAGAGGUGGUCACAGAGCCUGAGACUAAGCUGGAGAGGGACUGUCUUCACCCUCACUGGUUCGGCUGGGCAUGUUCCUUUGGAAAGGUGUGGUGUCUAAGCCCUCUUCCAGGGGCUGGAGGAAGUCACUCACUUGUGUUCUUCUCCUGACCCUCAUUCCCAUCCCCGUGUAUCAUAGGGAACUUUCACCUUCUUUCUAAGCAAAGUGUGAAUAGGAUUUUUACGCCCUUUGUACAGUAUUCUGAAAAAUGAAAUAAAGUGCAACAUGUUCUGUUAA